UGCCGAUGUUCGAAGGUCUUAACGGGUACUCUCCCAUGCAGAGCGAGGCAGAGCUAGCGACGCAAACGCUCAACGAAGAGUCAAGCUUGCGAUUCCCGUCGUUUUCCGCCAACGAUGCCGUGACCUUAGGGUUGUCCCUGCGCAAGCGAUUCCGUACGACGUCCAAGCACCACAAAGGCGUCGGCAUGGUCAUUUCCAUACAAACCAUUCAGGGCCAUACCCUCUUCUCGUGUACGGUAGGCGACUUGGGCGAUGUAUCAGGAAUAGGAGAUGUCAACAUGCAUGCGUGGUCGACGCUGGAGGGGAUGAUCAACGUGGUGCGGCAAACGGGUCAUAGCAGUUUCUACGUCGAGAAGGGCAUGGCGGCGAUCGGUAAGACAUCGUCACAGCUCGGCAUCCAGAAUCAAUAUCGAGUACAAGGCGGAGCGUUCCCGAUAUGGCUCGAGAACGCGCUCUGCUGCCCUAUCGCGGUCGUAGCAUGUUACUCAGGAUCAAGUUCUGAAGAUCAUCGAAUCGUUGUAACGGCGCUACGGGAUUACCUCAAGAAGAUGAGAAACCCCUCUCCCCCGCCUCCUGGUCGACCGCCGAUGUCGAUGAACACGAACUUUGUUCCAGACCACGUUCCAGAACGAGAGAGCUCUGAAUGGAUAGGGGAUCAUGCUUCCAACGGCCUGUCACUGAGGCCUAAUAUGUGAAGCCUAGUGCUGUUUAGUGGUAUAGAACUUGCUGAGUAGCCUGGGAUGCUUUUCGCCACUGCACUGAUGUAAUAUUUCAAGCAAUAUGUACGCGUAACAAUCUCUG